AUUCCCAUUUUCCAUUGUUCUUGUUCCAACGCCUCCUCAAAUUCUCUAAACCCAAACUAAAAUGGCCAGAGAUCGAAAUGGUGAGCUAUCUAAUAAGAGAGGAAGUUCCGACAACGACGAGGACAGCGGAGGAGGAGUAGGAGGAGAAGACAACGAGGCUCCGUCGAAGAGAAAUUCUGACAGGAGUUCCGAUGUGGAAGAAGGGCGAAAACGCAGCAAAUCAAGAAGAAAAUCGCGGGACAGUUCGGAUUCCGACGAAAAACAUGACAGGAAACGCGGGAAGAGUUCGGUAAGAAAGGGUAAGUCCCGCAGACGAUACAGUAGUAGUGAGGAGGAUUCUGAUUCCGAGGAUGCGGAAUCUGAAAGCUCGGAGUCUGAUUCGGAUUCGGAGCACUCCGACGCGGAAUCAGCGUCUAAUAGUUCGGGUUCGGAAGGCGAGAGCGAGGAGGAGAGGAGGAGGAGGAAGAGGAAGGAAAGGAGGAGAAAAAGAGAAAAGGAGGAGAGAGAGCGGAAGAGGAGGAGAAAAGAGAAGGAGAAGAAGAGAAGGAGAAAAGAGAAGGAGGAAGAGAAACGAAGGAAGGAAAAGAAAAAGAAGGAGAAGAAGGAACGGGGAAAGAAGGGGGCUGUGACGAAUUCGUGGGGAAAAUACGGGAUUAUCAAAGAAACUGAUAUGUGGAACAAGCGACCAGAGUUCACUGCAUGGCUGGCUGAAAUUAAAAAGGUGAACUUGGAAAGUCUAGCUAAUUGGGAAGAGAAGCAGAUGUUUAAGGAAUUCAUGGAGGACCAUAACACGGCCACUUUCCCAUCUAAAAAGUACUACAAUCUUGAUGCCUAUUACCAGCAUAAAAUGCUAAAAGAUAUGAAGAAAGGCCACAAAAAGAUUUUGGCUGGGGAACGCACAGUGUUUGAUGAUGAAGAACAGAGGAGGCAAGAACUACUCGUGGAACGUGAAAAACACAAGGAGGAACAAGUGGAAGCCCUAAAGCGCUCGAUGCAGACUGGAAUGGCACAAGCAAUGAAAGAACAAGCUCGACUGAGGGAGGAGAUGGCUUACCAGUAUAAGCUUGGAAACUUCGAGGCUGCAGCUGCCAUCCAGCGAAGAUUGGACCCAGAUGUUGCCCUGUAAGAGAAGAGUCUGUGUUUUGCUCGAACGUCUCGUGUUUGGUACUACAUGGUUCGACACUGCAAGAACUCUGAAGUCCUUGAAUGUCGUCUUUGGAUUUGCAACAGAGGGAAGCUCUCCAACCCAAUGAUUUGGAAUUACCUUGGUAAAUUUGUAGCAACCAUCCCAUGAUAGUACAUGAGUGGUUUUAACUUGUCAUAACGUUUUGUACGGUAAAAAGAAAAACAUUUCCGUUGCCAUAAUUAAUCGUAGUAAUAGUUAGCACAGCCAAAAUGUGGAUCAUGAAUUUGAGGGUGUGUCUUCCUCAGAAAUGGAGUUUUGUUGGCAUAUUUAGCAAA